AUGUCUGGUAUUAAACGAACACGACCAGAUGAUACUCCAUCAAUACAGUCUCAAACGACAACUAACAAAAUAUCACCAAAAAUUGAAACAUCAUCAACUUUUAUUAAUAGUAUAGAAGAAGAAUACAAUUGUCCAAUCUGCUUUGAAUUAAUCAGUGAAGCAUAUGUUUCUCGAUGUGGACAUAGUUUCUGUAGUAAAUGUCUUCAACGAACAGUUGAAUCUCAUCGUCGAUGUCCCAAAUGUCAACUAAGUCUUCAACCAUCGGAAAUUUUUCCAAAUUAUACAUUAAAUGCAAUAAUUGAAAAAUAUCGUCAACAACGACCUUUACCUCAAACAUUUGCUAAAUAUGGCAGUCUUGUUGAUCAUAUUUCUGAUAUGGUAACAAAUAUUCAUACAUUAAGUGCACAAGAUCUUGAUCGAUUAAUUUCUAUUAUUCGUCAACAUAAAGAAAAAAUUGAUUCAAAUAGUGAAUAUAUACAUAAUCGUUUACUUGAAAUAUUUCUAACACAUGUUCAUCAUGAACGAAGUGGAGCAAUUGAAUCAUUAUCAAAAGAAUUAAAUAUUGUUGAUCAUGAUUUAAAACAAAUGAAUAAACGAAGAAAAUCUUCAUCAUCAUCAUCAAAUAUGAAUAUUCCAACAAAUACAAAUAUUAAACAAACUCUAGAUGAUAAUUCAUUAGUAUCAUCAAAAUCAACAAGUAAUAGUAAAGAAGAUUUAUCAUCACCAUCAAAUGAUAUUACUAUUGUUAAUGAUACUGUACCAACUUGGAUACAAUCAGGAGGACAAGAUCUUCGAGCAACACCUGAUAUGAAAACAGAAAAACAAGAUGUAGUACCAACAGCAAGUUCAUCAGCAACAACAACAGCUUCACGAAUUGUAUCAACUGGUGCUAUUGUUCCGGAAGAAACAAAUCAAUAUGAUGAUAUAGAAAAUCGAACAAAAAUAAUGAUGCGUUUUAUGGAUGAUUUAACAAAUAUUUAUUUUUCAACAAGAAAUUCAUUGAGAUUAACUGUUGAUAAUGAUGGAUUAUGGAAUUCUGAUAGUGGUUUAAGUACAUUCCGUGAUAGUCUUGCAGCUGUAACAAAAUAUUCUCGUUGUAAACCAAUUGCUACUGUUAAUUUUGUUGGAGAAAACUUUGCUCAAGCUAGCAUUGUCUCAAGCAUUGAAUUUGAUCGUGAUUAUGAACAUUUUGCUGUUGCUGGUGUUUCAAAAAAGAUUAAAUUAUAUGAAUAUCAAUCUGUAUUGGAUAAUUCUGUUGAAUUACAUUAUCCAACAAAAGAAGUUGCAUGUACAGCUAAAUUAAGUUGUAUUAGUUGGAAUCCAUAUUUAAGAAAUUAUUUAGCAUCAAGUGAUUAUGAUGGAUUUGUUACUAUUUGGGAUAUGGCUACAGCACAAAAAGUUCGAACAUUUCAAGAACAUGAAAAACGUUCAUGGAGUGUUGAUUUUUGUUCAUCAGAUCCUAAAUUACUUGCAUCUUGUUCUGAUGAUUGUCGAGUUAAAAUAUGGUCAAUGCAUAAUGAUUAUUCUGUUACAACAAUUGAUGCUAAAUCAAAUGUUUGUUGUGUUAAAUUUAAACCAGAUUCUCAAUAUAAUAUUGUCUUUGGAACAGCUGAUCAUAAUUUAUAUUAUUUUGAUUUACGUAAUACACGUGAACCUUGUAAUUUACUUAAAGGACAUAAAAAAGCUGUAUCAUAUGCAAGAUUUUUAUCAAAUAAUGAAAUUGUUUCAGCAUCAACAGAUAGUCAACUACGAUUAUGGCGUGUAACAGAAGGACAAUGUUUAAGAACAUAUCGUGGACAUGUUAAUGAAAAAAAUUUUGUUGGUUUAGCAGUUUCAUCAGGUUAUAUUGUGUGUGGAAGUGAAACAAAUACAGUACAUUUAUAUCAACGUGAAAUUUCUCGACCUUUACUUAGUUAUAAAUUUGAUGAUCAAAAUAAUGGAACAGUUAAAACAGUAGCAAAUACAACGGAACGUGUAAAAAAAGAUGAAAGUGGAUCAGAAUUUGUUAGUGCUAUGUGUUGGAGUAAUCGUGAAAAUAUUUUAUUAGCAGCAAAUAGUCAAGGUGUUGUUAAAGUAUUGGAAUUGGUCUAA